UGCGGGAGUUUCCCACCAUGCCCAGCGGCCGGACUACAUCUCCCAGCGGCCUCCGCGGCUCCCGCGCACGCACGGCGGGGCGGGGCCUCCGCCAUCUUCUCUGCGGUCCGUGAGCGGGGCGGGCCCGGCGGCUCUUAAAGUGGGCACGGCCUGGGGUGGGGCCCUCUCGGCGCGGGAUGGAGCCCGGAGCGGCGCAAGAGCCCGGGGGUCGCGGGGGUCGCCCCCCGGCCCCGGAGUCCGUGCGGCGGCAGAAGCGCCGGGAGCUGGACGCGCGGCGCUCAAAGUGCCGCAUCCGCAUCGGGGGGCACCUGGAGCGCUGGUGUCGCCUCAAGGAGCAGCUCGGCUUCGCCCUGCACUCACAGCUGGCCCAGUUCCUCCUCGACAGGUACAGCUCGUACGGCUGCACCUGGAGCACAGGAGAGCCGGAGCGGCUCCAGCCAGCCGCCCUGCAGCGCCUGGUCGCACUGUCCCACGGCCACGGCCAGGAGUGCGGCUUUGUGCCCGACAUCCAGCUGCCAGCAGCUGGCAGCACGGCAGCUCCGCUGGUCUGGGAGUGUGUGGCCGGCCACCGCUUCUCCUGGGGUGGCUCUGGGGUCCCCAAGAGCCCCUCCUGUCACCCGGCCCAGGGGUGCGCCCCCUCCCCGGGCGCUGAGCGCCGGCGUUCGCUCCGCAGGGCCACACUGGGCUCCAAGGAGGCUGGAGAGGAGGGAACGGCCAAGUCACCCCAUGGUGAUGGGGAUCGGGGCCAGGAGAUGGGAGAUGGUGACGGUGGUGGCACAGCCCCUCAGGUGUCACUGGAACCGGGGCCUGUGGCAGCAGCUGGUGAGAGGUCAUUGUCCAGUAGCUCCAUCCCGGGGGAUGAUGCAGAGCCGGGAGCUGAGCCCCGAGAGGAAGAGGAGGAGGAUGAGGACUUUGCCAAGGGUGAUGACCUGGCCUACACGGAUGACCUGCGUGAUGAGAACUAUCACCCAUCCCUGGACAGCGAUUCAGAGCCACAGCGACGCCAGGGCCAGCCCAAGGCUCGCAGGAAGCCCAUCAAGGAGGAGCAGCCCCUGCUGGAGCAGCCCCUGCCCAGCCCUGGACCCUUGGAGGAGAAAAGUGGACAGGUCAGGCAGCCACGGGCGAGUGACAAGGACGUGGCUCAGAUCGGCCCCAAGAGGAUCAGGAAGGCAGCAAAGCAUGAGAUCCUCCUGUGUGACUUCGAAGGCUGUGGCAAAAUCUUCUCCAACCGCCAGUACCUGAACCACCACCAGAAGUACCAGCACAUGCACCAGAAAACCUUCACCUGCUCUGAGCCCACCUGUGGGAAAUCCUUCAACUUCAAGAAACACCUGAAGGAGCACGAGAAGCUGCACAGUGACAAGCGGGAUUACAUCUGCGAGUUCUGCGCACGCUCCUUCCGCACCAGCAGCAAUUUGAUCAUCCACCGACGGAUCCACACCGGGGAGAAGCCCCUCCAGUGUGAGAUCUGCGGCUUCACCUGCCGCCAGAAAGCCUCCCUGAACUGGCACAUGAGGAAACACGACGCCGACUCCUUCUACCAAUUCCCCUGUGACAUUUGUGGCAAGAGGUUUGAGAAACGGGACAACGUCACCGCGCACAAGAGCAAGAGCCACCCCGGGGGCCUGCGCCAGCCCGAGGGGCCCCAGCAGCAGCCCCCGGAGCCCCCCGGGCCCAUGGAGGCCCUGGAGCUGCUGGGGGCUGUGCUGGGGCCUGGGGGGGACACAGGGAGGGCCCCCCUGGAGUUUGGGGUGGGGGAUGUUGGGGGGGAGCCACCCCAAGGGCAGGGGAGGGGUGAGGAGGGGUCCUAGAGGGCUCAUCCCCCGCCCCAGUUUGGGGGCUGGAGCAAAACUUGGGAUGAUGCUGGACCCUCCAGGUGCCAAAAAUACAUGGGACAGGCAAAAUCCCAGUUUUUCAGCCAAAUCCUAGAUGAAAUCCCAGUUUUUCAGCCAAAUCCCUUUUUUUUUUUUGCCAAAUCCCAGCUUCCCUCAAGCCCAGCAUUAUUGCCAUAAGUCGAUCCUUAAUAAAGACUUAUUUUGGGCAAAAGUGGGAUUUGGUGUCAGAUUUUUACGGAAAAGAAAGAUAGAAAAGUGAU